AUGACGAUUGUCUCGGAUGUGCGAACAGAGUACUUGGAGCAGGUCUCCGCCAUCAUCCUCAGGUUCAAGCCCGACAGGUGGAACAAGAUGCUGGGAGCCGAGGAGAACGCCGCCAUGUUCAUGGAGUUCCUGGAGAAGCCCGACGUCUCGGUCCUGGUGAUGGCACUCAAUGCAGCCGGCAUGAUCGUCCCCUGCCUGGGCUUCCCGGCCUCCCUCAAGUCCAAAGCCAUCUACUUCAUCAAGACGGGGCCUGUGCACAUCACCAGGGACAACUACAAGUCCUGCCUGCUCUACGGGGACAUCAGCCCCACACCCGUGGUCCAGCUGAUAGCUGUUGUGGAGGAGAUCCUCUACUCCCUGUUGAACCAAAAGGAGAACAUGAGCGGGUGGCCGCGGGUGGUGUCCGAGGACAUCGUAAAGCAGGUACACAAGCUGAAGAAUGAGAUGUUCGUCAUGGGGGGCAAGAUCAAGGGCAAGACACUGCUGCCCAUCCCCGAGCACCUGGGCGGCCUGGACGGCACCCUGGAGUCCAUGGAGAGGAUCCCGCGAGCCCUGGACGACUCCCUGCUGCACGCCAUCGAGGCCAUCAUCAUUGACUGGUCCCACCAGGUCAGGGACGUGCUGAGCAAGGACUCGGCCCAGGCCCUGCUGGAAGGGCUGCACCCGCUGCCCCGCGUCGAGUUCGAGUUCUGGGACGCCCGGCUGACAAACCUGAAGUGCAUCCAUGAGCAGCUCAACAGACCCAGAGUGAACAAAAUAGUUGAGAUUCUGGAAAAGGCCAAAAGCUGCUACUGGCCAGCCCUGCAAAACGUCUACGUGAACGUCACCGAAGGGCUGAAGGAAGCCAGCGACAUUGUUCUGUAUUUGAAACCUCUGCGCAUCCUGCUGGAGGAGAUGGAGCAGGCCGACUUCACUUCGCUGCCAACCUUCAUCGCCAAGGUGAUGUACACUGUGUGCUUCAUCUGGGCCACGUCUGAGCACUACAACACGCCGUCACGCAUCAUCGUCAUCCUGCAGGAGUUCUGCAACCAGAUCAUUGACAUGACGCGUGCUUACCUGAGCCCGGAAGAGGUGCUGAAAGGCUUGCAGGGCGAGAUAGAGGAGGUUCUCAACGGCAUCUCGCUGUCCGUGAACGUGCUGAAGGGGCUCUACCGGACCUACGACUUCUGCUGCGCCAACAUGAAGCUCUUCUUCAAGCACAACAAAGAGCCUGUGCCAUGGGAAUUCCCCUCCUCCCUCGCGUUUUCCAGGAUAAAUUCCUUCUUCCACCGCGUGCAGACCAUAGAGGAUCUUUACAAGACGGCCAUCGAGUUUCUGAAGCUGGAGAAGAUUGAGCUCGGGGGAGUGAGAGGGAACAUCUUGGGGAACCUGGUGACCCAGGUCUACGACGAGGUCUUUGAGCUGGUGAAGGUGUUUGCCGAGUGCACAUACGACCCCCUGGAUCCCGGAGAUUCCAGUUUUGAUGAUGAUUAUGCCGACUUUGAGACCAAAAUCCAAGACCUGGAUAGGAGGCUGGCCACCAUCUUCUGCCAAGGGUUUGACGACUGCCCCUCGAUCGAGUCCUGCGCAAAGCUCCUGCACAUGUGUGGGGGGCUCUUGGAGCGGCCUCUGAUUCUUGCCGAGGUGGUGCCCAGGUACUCAGUCAUGCUGGAGCUGUUUGAUGCAGAGCUGGACAACACUAAGAUCUUGUACGAUGCCCAGAUGGCAGCUUCCAAGGAGGGGAAUAUUCCCCCAAUCCAUAAGAACAUGCCGCCAGUGGCUGGUCAGCUCAAGUGGAGCCUGGAGCUACAGGAGAGGCUGGAGGCACCCAUGAGGGACCUAAAGCACAUCGAGCACCCGGUCCUGUCCAGCGUUGAGGCCAAGCUGAUCUACCAGAAGUACGACGAGAUGCUGCUGCUGCUGAAAAGCUGCCGCCAGGCGACCUACCAGGCCUGGGUAGCCCGAGUGGACCAGGACUGCUACUUCAACCUGGGACAGCCCCUGAUCCAGCGGGAUGCCUCCACAAACCUCAUCCAAGUCAACUUCAGCAAGGCGUUGGUGGCAGUGCUGCGAGAAGUCAAGUACCUGAACUUUCAGCAGCAAAAGGAGAUUCCAGACAGCGCAGAGAGCCUGUUCUCCCAGAACGAAACCUUCCGGAAGUUUGUGGGCAACCUGGAGCUCAUCGUUGGUUGGUACAAUGAGAUAAAGACCACAGUGAUGGCAGUAGAAUAUCCACUCAUCAAGUCAGAAUUGGAAGCAAUCAACGUCAAGUUACUGGCUGCUGAAACAACAUUGUUUUGGAAUGGUGAAGGUGUGUUUGGAUAUAUUCAAGAGACGCGAGAAAUUCUACACGACUUGCAGACCAGGAUGCAAAAAACAAAACAAAAUAUAGAUGCGAUUUCCCAGGCUAUGAAGGACUGGUCAACGAACCCGAUGUUUGAAAGAAAGGACAACAAGAAAGACACCCUGUUAGACUUGGACGGAAGGAUGGUCAAUCUCAACAAACGUUACACGGCGGUCAAGGAGGCGGGUUUGAAGAUCCAAGCCAUGGUCGCGGAAAACGCGGAGCUGUUCAAAGCCGACACGACAAGCCUGUCCUGGAAGGAUUAUGUCAACUACAUCGACAGCACGGUCUUGGAUGAAUUUGACCAAUUUAUCCGCAACUCUUUAAGCUACCUCGUGGAUAACAUGGCCGUGGAUGGCAGCGUGGCGCCCCUGUUUGAGGUCCGCAUGGAGCUGGAUGAGGACGGGCUGAUCUUCAACCCGUCCCUGGAGGUGGGCUCGGACCAGGGCUUCCUGGCACUGAUUGAGGGCCUGGUCAACGACAUCUAUAAUGCAGCCAAGCUCAUCCCCCGCCUGGCCAAAGGCAGAAUGAACUACAAGACGGACCUGGAGGACAUGACGGACCUGAUCGAGAUGAGGGAGGAGGUCUCCAGCCUGGUCAUCAGCGCCAUGAAGGUGGCCGAGGAGCACCAGGACUCCUUCGAGCGCUACUCCUACCUGUGGAUGGACGACCUGCAGGAGUUCAUGAAGCACUUUCUGACCUACGGACGCGCCAUGGCGCCCGAGGACCUGGAGGCGCGCGCCGACGACAGCCUCCCCAGGACGCCGCCCACCCUCGCGCAGUUCCAGCAGCAGAUCGACUCAUACGAGAAGCUCUACGAGGAAGUUUCCAAGUGUGAGAACACGGUGGUGUUCCUGGGCUGGCUGCAGUGCGACUGCCGCCCCUUCAAGCAAGCCCUGCUCAACGCCAUCAGGCGCUGGGGCUUCGUGUUCAAGCAACACCUGAGCAACCAUGUCAUCAACAGCCUUGCUGACCUGGAGAACUUCAUGAAAGUCGCCCGGACAGGCCUGAGCAUGGCGCUCAAGGAGGGGGACUACGAUGGGCUGGUGGAGGUCAUGGGGCACCUGAUGAAGGUCAAGGAGCGCCAGGUGGCCACCGACACCAUGUUCGAGCCCCUGAAGCAAACCAUUGAGCUGCUGAAGACGUACGGGGAGGAGAUGCCUGAGGAAAUACACACAAAGCUACAGGAGCUGCCGGAGCAAUGGACGAACACCAAGAAGCUGGCCAUCCAGGUGAAGCAGAACGUGGCUCCCCUGCAGGCCAACGAGGUCAGCAUCCUGAGGAGGAAGUGCCAGCAGUUCGAGCUCAAGCAGUACGAGUUCCGGGAGAAGUUCCGACAAGACGCCCCAUUCUCCUUCAGCGACCCGGACCCCUACAAGUCCCUCAACAAGCAACAGAAGAGUAUCGCAGCUAUGGAGGCCAUGAUGGAGGCACUGUCCAAGUCCGGGAGCCUGUUCGAGGUCACGGUCCCGGACUAUAAGCAGCUCAAGGCCUGCCACAAGGAGGUCCGCCUGCUGAAGGAGCUCUGGGACAUGGUGGUCAUGGUGAACACCAGCAUUGACGACUGGAAGACCACCAAGUGGAAGAACAUCAAUGUGGAGCAGAUGGACAUCGACUGCAAGAAGUUUGCCAAGGACGUGAGAUCCCUGGACAAGGAGAUGAAGACGUGGGACGCCUUCGUGGGUCUCGACAACACCGUGAAGAACAUGAUCACGGCCUUGCGUGCCGUGAGCGAGCUGCAGAACCCCGCCAUUCGGGACCGCCACUGGCAGCAGCUUAUGAUGGCCACCCAGGUGAAGUUUGAGAUGUCGAACGAGACGACCCUGGCGGAUCUACUGCAGCUGAAUCUGCACAAGUACGAGGAUGAGGUCCGCAACAUCGUGGACAAGGCCGUGAAGGAGUCAGGAAUGGAGAAGGUGCUGAAGGCCCUGGACAGCACCUGGUCCACAAUGGAGUUUGAGCACGAGCCCCACCCGCGCACAGGGACCGCGAUGCUCAAGUCGGACGAGGUGCUGGUGGAGACGCUGGAGGAUAACCAGGUGCAGCUGCAGAACCUGAUGAUGUCCAAGUACCUGUCGCACUUCCUGCAGGAGGUGACGGGCUGGCAGCAGAGGCUGUCCACUGCCGACUCGGUGAUCUCCGUCUGGUUCGAGGUCCAGCGGACCUGGGGCCACCUGGAGAGCAUCUUCAUCGGCUCCGAGGACAUCCGGGCCCAGCUCCCCGACGACUCCCAGCGCUUUGACGCCAUCGACCUGGAAUUCAAGGCCUUGAUGGCAGAUGCCGUGAAGACGCCCAACGUGGUGGAAGCCACCAACAAGCCGGGUCUCUACGACAAACUUGAGGACCUGAAGAAGAGGCUGGCGGUGUGUGAGAAGGCGCUGGCGGAGUACUUGGAGACCAAGAGGCUGGCCUUCCCGAGGUUCUACUUCGUGUCCUCGGCCGACCUCCUGGACAUCCUCUCCAACGGCAACGACCCCGUGGAGGUCAGCCGCCACCUGUCCAAGCUCUUUGACAGCCUGUGCAAGCUGAAGUUCCGGCUGGACGCCAGCGAGAAGCCGCUGAAGCUCGGCGUGGGCAUGUACAGUAAGGAGGACGAGUAUGUGGACUUUGACCAGGAGUGUGACCUCUCGGGCCAGGUGGAAGUCUGGCUGAACCGUGUGCUGGACCGGAUGUGCGCCACGCUGCGGCACGAGAUCCCGGAGGCCGUGGUGACCUACGAAGAGAAACCGCGGGAACAGUGGAUCUUCGAUUACCCGGCCCAGAACUCUUCUGUUUCUUAUUGUUGAACUCCCUGGUGGUGGGCACCACAUCUCAGCUCUCCCACAGCACUGAUACACAGCCCAGGUGCCAUCCAGCAGGUGACAGGGUACAAUGUGACUGACACUACACAAUAUCUCGUAAAUAUGCCCUCUCUCCCACAGAUCAGCCAGCUGAAUGCACUCAUCACCUUGCUCAUUGGAAGCCUCAAUGCGGGCGACAGGAUGAAGAUCAUGACCAUCUGCACCAUCGACGUGCACGCACGAGACGUAGUAGCCAAGAUGAUCACUGCCAAGGUGGAGAGUUCCCAGGCCUUCACCUGGCAGUCUCAGCUCCGACAUCGCUGGGACGAAGAGAAGAAACACUGCUUUGCAAACAUCUGUGAUGCCCAGAUCCAGUAUUCCUACGAGUACCUGGGCAACACGCCACGGCUGGUCAUCACCCCGCUCACAGACAGAUGCUACAUAACCCUGACGCAGUCCCUGCACCUGAUCAUGGGCGGGGCCCCCGCCGGCCCGGCCGGCACCGGAAAGACAGAGACGACCAAGGACUUGGGCCGGGCCCUGGGCACCAUGGUGUACGUCUUCAAUUGCUCGGAGCAGAUGGAUUACAAGUCCUGUGGAAACAUCUACAAGGGCCUGGCCCAGACCGGCGCCUGGGGCUGCUUUGACGAAUUCAACCGAAUCUCUGUGGAAGUCCUGUCCGUGAUUGCAGUGCAGGUGAAAUGUGUCCAAGAUGCAAUUCGGGCCAAGAAGAAAACCUUCAGUUUCCUUGGGGAGAGGAUCAGCCUCAUUCCCACUGUGGGCAUCUUCAUCACCAUGAACCCCGGCUACGCCGGGCGCACGGAGCUGCCCGAGAACCUGAAGGCCUUGUUCAGGCCCUGCGCCAUGGUGGUGCCCGACUUUGAGCUCAUCUGUGAGAUCAUGCUGGUGGCUGAGGGCUUUCUGGAAGCCCGCCUGCUGGCCCGCAAGUUCAUCACCCUCUACACUCUGUGCAAAGAGCUGCUCUCGAAGCAGGACCACUAUGACUGGGGUCUUCGGGCCAUCAAGUCGGUGCUGGUGGUGGCUGGGUCUCUGAAGAGGGGGGACCCCAGCCGGGCUGAGGACCAGGUGCUGAUGCGGGCUCUGCGGGACUUCAACACCCCCAAGAUCGUGACGGACGACCUGCCCGUGUUCAUGGGGCUCAUUGGGGACCUCUUCCCCGCCCUGGACGUCCCUCGGAAACGUGACCUGAACUUUGAAAAGAUCAUCAAGCAGAGCAUCCUGGAGCUCAGGCUGCAGGCGGAGGACAGCUUCGUUCUGAAGGUGGUGCAGCUGGAGGAGCUGCUGCAAGUGCGCCACUCGGUGUUCGUCAUCGGAAACGCAGGCAGCGGCAAGUCCCAGGUCCUCAGGUCCCUCAACAAGACCUACCAGAACCUGAAGAGGAAGCCGGUGGCUGUGGACCUGGACCCCAAGGCUGUCACCUGCGACGAGCUCUUUGGUGUCAUCAACCCGGCGACCCGGGAGUGGAAAGAUGGCCUCUUCUCCACCAUCAUGCGGGACCUGGCCAACAUCACACAUGAAGGCCCCAAAUGGAUCAUCCUGGAUGGGGACAUAGACCCCAUGUGGAUCGAGUCUCUCAACACCGUCAUGGACGACAACAAGGUGCUCACCCUGGCCAGCAACGAGCGGAUCCCCCUGAACCGGACCAUGAGGUUGGUGUUUGAGAUCAGCCACCUGCGGACUGCCACCCCGGCCACCGUCUCCAGAGCCGGGAUCCUCUACAUUAACCCCGCCGAUCUGGGCUGGAACCCUGUGGUGAGCAGCUGGAUUGAGCGGCGCAAGGUGCAGUCGGAGAAGGCCAACUUGAUGAUUCUGUUUGACAAGUACCUGCCCACCUGCCUGGACAAGCUGCGGGUGGGCUUCAAGAAGAUCACGCCGGUGCCCGAGAUCACAGUGGUCCAGAUGACCCUGUACCUGCUGGAGUGCCUGCUCACCGAGAAGAACGCACCGCCCGACUCCCCGAAGGACCUCUACGAGCUGUACUUCGUCUUCGCCUGCUUCUGGUCCUUCGGUGGCGCCAUGUUCCAGGACCAGCUCGUGGAUCACCGCGUCGAGUUCAGCAAAUGGUGGGUCAACGAAUUCAAAACCAUCAAGUUCCCCUCGCAGGGCACCAUCUUUGACUACUACAUCGACCCCGACACCAAGAAGUUCCUACCGUGGACGGACAAGGUGCCCUCCUUCGAGCUGGACCCGGACGUCCCUCUGCAGGCCUCCCUGGUCCACACCACGGAGACCAUCCGUAUCCGGUUCUUCAUGGACCUGCUCAUGGAGAAGUCGUGGCCCGUGAUGCUGGUGGGCAACGCAGGCACCGGCAAGUCGGUGCUGAUGGGGGACAAGCUGGAAAGCCUGAGCACGGACGACUACACGGUGCAGGCUGUGCCCUUCAACUUCUACACCACCUCGGCCAUGCUGCAGGGGGUUCUGGAGAAGCCGCUGGAGAAGAAAUCGGGGAGGAACUACGGGCCGCCAGGCACCAAGAAGCUCAUCUACUUCAUCGAUGACAUGAACAUGCCCGAGGUGGACAAGUACGGCACAGUGGCCCCCCACACGCUCAUCCGUCAGCACAUGGACCACAGACACUGGUACGACAGGCAGAAGCUGACGCUGAAGGACAUCCACAACUGUCAGUAUGUGGCCUGCAUGAACCCCACUGCGGGAUCCUUCACCAUCGACCCCAGGCUCCAGCGCCACUUCUGUGUGUUUGCUGUGAGCUUCCCGGGCCAGGAGGCUCUCACGACCAUCUACAGCACCAUCCUGGCCCAGCACCUGGCCCUCCGCUCGGCCCCCGUGGCGGUGCAGAAGAUGAGCAGCCAGCUGGUGGCCUCGGCCCUGGCUUUGCAUCAGAAAGUUGCUGCAACAUUUCUUCCCACGGCCAUUAAAUUUCAUUACGUCUUCAACCUCAGGGACCUGUCCAACAUUUUCCAGGGACUCCUGUUUUCUUUGGUAGAGAUCCUGAAGACCCCACUGGAUCUUGUUCGCUUGUGGCUGCAUGAAGCUGAACGAGUGUACGGUGACAAAAUGGUCGACAAGAAAGACCAGGAAACGUUGGGCAGGGUCACCGUGGCUUCCACCAAGAAGUACUUUGAUGAUCUCAGUGACGAACUCUUAUUUGCCAAACCAAAUAUCUUCUGCCACUUUGCUCAAGGGAUCGGCGAUCCCAAAUACUUCCCUGUGUCCGACGUAGCUCAUCUGAACAAGCUAUUGGUAGAAGUGCUGGAGAGCUACAACGAGGUCAACGCCGUCAUGAACCUGCUGGACCUGGCCGCCCAGUACGUGAAGGCCGCGGUGAAGAAUGUGCCGUCCGUGUUCCUCAUGACGGACUCCCAGGUGGCCGAGGAACAGUUUCUGGUGCUGAUCAAUGACCUGCUGGCGUCGGGCGAGGUGCCCGGGCUGUUCAUGGACGACGAGGUGGAUAACAUCAUUUCCUCCAUGCGGCCCCAAGUGAAGUCCCUCGGCCUGUCCGACACUCGGGAGACCUGCUGGAAGUUCUUCAUCGACAAAGUGCGGAAGCAGCUGAAGGUGAUCCUUUGCUUCUCCCCCGUGGGCUCCGUGCUACGAGUACGAGCCAGAAAGUUCCCCGCGGUGGUCAACUGCACGGCCAUCAACUGGUUCCAUGAGUGGCCCGAAGACGCCCUGGUGUCUGUCAGUGCCCGCUUCCUGGAGGAAACCGAGGGCAUCCCGCAGGAAGUCAAGACCUCCAUCACUUUCUUCAUGGCCUAUGUGCACACAACUGUCAACGACAUGUCCAAGGUGUACCUGGCCACCGAGAGACGUUACAACUACACCACCCCCAAAACCUUUCUGGAGCAGAUCAAGCUGUACCAGAACCUGCUGGCCAAGAAGAGGGCGGAGCUGGUGGCCAAGAUCGAGAGGCUGGAGAAUGGCUUGAUGAAGCUGCAGAGCACGGCCUCCCAGGUGGUGGGCGUGGAGACCGAGAAGGUCAGCAAGGAGAAAGCCAUCGCCGACGAGGAGGAGACCAAGGUCGAGGUCAUCAACAAGAAUGUCACUGAGAAGCAGAAGGCUUGUGAGACGGACCUGGCCAAAGCGGAGCCGGCCCUGCUGGCGGCCCAAGAAGCCCUGGACACACUGAACAAGGGCCGAGUGCAGGGUCUGCAGAGUGCAGACAGAGGAACUGGAAACGAUGACUUGGCACGUCCUGGAGGCUAUCAUCGGCCCUACCAAGGCAACCCCACGUUCGACCCCGAGUUCAUCCGCUCCAAGUCCACGGCCGCAGCAGGCCUGUGCUCCUGGUGUAUCAACAUCGUCCGCUUCUACGAGGUCUACUGCGACGUGGCCCCCAAGAGGCAGGCCCUGGAGGAGGCCAACGCCGAGCUGGCCGAGGCCCAGGAGAAGCUCUCCCGGAUCAAAAACAAGAUCGCUGAACUUAAUGCCAACCUGAGCAACCUGACCUCAGCGUUUGAGAAAGCAACGGCCGAGAAAAUCAAAUGUCAGCAGGAGGCGGACGCCACCAACAGGGUGAUCUCGCUGGCGAACAGGCUGGUGGGAGGAUUAGCCUCAGAAAACGUCCGCUGGGCUGAGUCCGUGGAAAGCUUCAAGAAGCAGGGCAUCACCCUGUGUGGGGACGUCCUGCUGGUCUCUGCCUUCGUCUCGUAUGUGGGCUACUUCACCAAGAAGUACCGCAAUGAGCUGAUGGAGAAGUUCUGGAUCCCUUACAUAAAGAAAUUAAAGGUCCCCAUCCCCAUCACGGAGGGCCUGGACCCCCUGAGUCUGCUGACGGACGACGCGGACGUGGCCACCUGGAACAACCAGGGCCUUCCCAGCGACCGCAUGUCCACGGAGAACGCCACCAUCCUGUGCAACACGGAGCGCUGGCCUCUCAUCGUCGACGCCCAGCUGCAGGGCAUCAAGUGGAUCCGAAACAAGUACGGCAGCGAGCUGAAAGCCAUCCGCCUGGGACAGAAGAGCUACCUGGACAUCAUUGAGCAGGCCAUUUCGGAAGGUGACGCCUUACUCAUCGAGAACAUAGGUGAAACCGUGGACCCCGUGUUAGACCCCUUACUGGGCAGGAACACCAUCAAAAAGGGAAGGUUCAUUAAGAUUGGCGACAAGGAGGUGGAGUACCACCCCAAAUUCCGCCUGAUCCUGCACACCAAGUAUUUCAACCCACACUACAAGCCCGAGAUGCAGGCUCAGUGCACCCUCAUCAACUUCCUGGUCACCAGGGAUGGGCUCGAAGACCAGCUCUUGGCAGCCGUGGUGGCCAAGGAGCGCCCCGAUCUUGAGCAGCUGAAGGCAAACCUCACCAAGUCUCAGAACGAAUUUAAGAUUGUCCUGAAGGAGCUGGAGGACUCCCUGCUGGCACGCCUGUCAGCCGCCUCGGGAAACUUCCUGGGGGACACGGCCCUGGUGGAGAACCUGGAGACCACCAAGCACACGGCCAGCGAGAUCGAGGAGAAGGUACAAGAGGCAAAAAUCACAGAAGUGAAAAUCAACGAGGCGAGAGAGAACUACCGGCCGGCCGCACAGAGGGCGUCUCUGCUGUACUUCAUCCUGAACGACCUCAACAAAAUCAACCCCAUCUACGUUCUGUCCAUGAAGAAGGAGCUGAACCCAGUGGAACUGGAUUUCCUCCUGCGGUUCCCCUUCAAGGCGGGGGUGGUCUCGCCCGUGGACUUCCUGUUGAAUCAGGGCUGGGGCGGCAUCAAGCCCGCCUCAGCCCCCAGUGCUCAUCCCCACGCUGACCCGGGACACUCCCCCAGGAACUUCGUGGAGGAGAAGAUGGGCAGCAAGUUCGUGGAGGGCCGCAGCGUGGAGUUCUCCAAGUCCUACGAGGAAAGCAGCCCCUCCACACCAAUCUUCUUCAUCCUCUCCCCAGGGGUGGACCCCUUGAAGGAUGUGGAAGCCCUGGGGAAAAAACUAGGAUUUACCAUAGACAACGGGAAGCUCCACAACGUGUCCCUGGGCCAGGGACAAGAGGUGGUGGCCGAGAACGCACUGGACGUGGCCGCGGAGCAAGGGCACUGGGUCAUCCUGCAGAACAUCCAUCUCGUGGCACGCUGGCUGGGCACCCUGGACAAGAAGGUGGAACGGUACAGCACGGGCAGCCACGAGGACUACCGGGUGUUCAUGAGCGCGGAGCCGGCGCCCAGCCCCGAGUCCCACAUCAUCCCCCAGGGCAUCCUGGAAAACGCCAUCAAGAUCACCAAUGAGCCACCCACCGGGAUGCACGCCAACCUGCACAAGGCCCUCGACCUCUUCACCCAGGUGCCCUGGGAUGAUCUCCGCUACCUUUUUGGUGAAAUCAUGUACGGCGGCCACAUCACAGACGACUGGGACCGCCGGCUGUGCAGGACAUACCUGGCAGAGUACGUCCGCGGGGAGAUGCUGGAGGGUGACGUGCAGCUGGCCCCCGGCUUCCAGACCCCUCCCAACCUGGACUACAAGGGUUACCAUGAGUACAUCGACGAGAACCUGCCCCCCGAGAGCCCCUACCUGUAUGGCCUGCACCCCAACGCAGAGAUCGGCUUUCUGACAGUCACCUCCGAGAAGCUGUUCCGCACCGUCCUGGAAAUGCAACCCAAGGAGACCGACUCGGGGGCGGGCACAGGAGUCUCUCGAGAGGAGAAGGUGAAGGCGGUGCUGGACGACAUUCUUGAGAGGAUCCCGGAAAUGUUCAACAUGGCGGAGAUCAUGGCCAAGGCGGUGGAGAAGACCCCCUACGUGGUGGUGGCCUUCCAGGAAUGUGAGAGGAUGAAUAUCCUGACCAACGAGAUGCGCCGUUCACUAAAGGAGCUGAACCUGGGCCUCAAGGGGGAGCUGACCAUCACGACUGACAUGGAGGACUUGUCCACGGCUCUGUUCUACGACACUGUGCCCGACACGUGGGUAGCCCGGGCCUACCCCUCCAUGAUGGGCCUGGGGGCCUGGUACGCCGACCUGCUGCUUCGCAUCAGGGAGCUCGAGGCCUGGACGACAGACUUUGCCCUGCCCACCACGGUGUGGCUCGCAGGCUUCUUCAACCCGCAGUCCUUCCUCACGGCCAUCAUGCAGUCCACGGCCAGGAAGAACGAGUGGCCCCUGGACAAGAUGUGCCUGUCUGUGGAAGUGACCAAGAAGAACCGGGAGGACAUGACUGCGCCCCCCCGCGAGGGCUCCUACGUGUACGGGCUGUUUAUGGAAGGUGCGCGCUGGGACACGCAGACGGGAGUCAUCGCAGAAGCACGGCUGAAGGAGCUAACGCCGGCCAUGCCCGUCAUCUUCAUCAAGGCCAUCCCUGUGGACCGCAUGGAAACCAAGAACAUCUAUGAGUGUCCCGUCUACAAAACGCGUAUCCGCGGCCCCACCUACGUGUGGACGUUCAACCUCAAGACCAAGGAGAAGGCGGCCAAGUGGGUCCUGGCGGCCGUGGCACUGCUGCUGCAGGUCUAG